AUGCAACUUUACUCUGGAAACACCAGUGGAGUUUUUAACAUUGACGUAUUCGAUGAAAACCUGCAACAGUUAAAGUUUGCUGCGUUCAGGAAAAUUGAUCGCGGUAGAGGUACAGUAAAGUUUCUUGUUGUGUUUUUUUUUAAAGUUACGAAUUGGAUAAAAACUGCCUGUCAUGUCGGUGAUGGAUCCAGCCAGAACCUGUAGGGGUGCCUACCAUCGUAUCAAGACAAGAUACUGUGUAGAUUUUUUUGAAGGAGCAAGCGCCUUUCACUUCUGAUAUCAUAGGUUCGAUUUCUGCUGCGGAUUCAUGUGGAAAGAGUCGGUCAACGCUGUACCGAAAGUCGUUGGUUUUCUCCAGUGGCGAAACCAGCCAUGGCAACUGGUCAUGCUAUGCUAGUAAAUUUGCACCUAAAUAGGUUCAAGACAAUACAUUUCUAAAGCCCUGGGCAAACUAGGAAAUAUUGUUGCGGAAACAUUGUUUCUUGCCAAUGUUUCCCAGAGUGGGCAAACACUAGGAAACAUUAGUGAGGAACAUAGGGAAACAUCAAAUGUUUUUGAAUUUGGUAGGAAACAUUUUUGCUUCUCGGGAAGCAAAUUUUGUUUCCGCAACAAUGUUUCCACGGGUGGGCAAACAGGGAAACAUUUCAGGAAACAUCGAGAAUCACAAAUGUUUCCACAACAAUGUUUCCUAGUUUGCCUAAUUUUUAAAAAUUUGCAUAGCAUGACCUGUUGCUAUGGCCAGCUUCGCCACUGGUUUUCUUUGACCCGCCGCGGCUGUGCUUUGUGAUUAGACAUGAAUCAGAAAGAGGCUGUCAGAGUCGCCCUUAGAAAGCCCUCAGAUAAAGUUAACCUCUUGUAGUAACACUGGAUCACUGGAUAAUCUCUUACUGGACCUCUAGGAAGAACAGUUUAGAACUGAUAGAGCUAUCCAGUAUAGAUAAGGUUAAUUUAGUUUAACUUCCUCCCUGUAGUAACACCGGAUUAAUGAGAGAUGACUCUUACUGGAUCUCUAGGAAGAACAGUUUAGAACCGAUAGAACUAUCCAGUAUAAAUAAAGUUAGUUUAGUACAGGUUUUUUCUUGUAGUAACAUCGGAGCAAUAAGGGAUGUUCCUUACUGGACCUCUAGGAAGAACAGUUCAAUAUAAAUAAAGUAAAUUUAGUCUGUAGGUUUCCUCCUGUAGUAACACUGGAUUAAUAAGAGAUGACUCUUACUGGAUCUCUGGGAAGAACAAUUUAGAAUUGAUAGAGCUAUGCAGUAUAGAUAAAGUUAAUUUAGAAGUUUUACUAUUGUCCAAAAAUUGUUACCUGAACGAGAUGUUUUUUUAUUGUUUAUAGUGUGUAAGAUUUUCUUCAAAAACCUUCAAAAUAAGAAAUCGAUUAAUAGUGAUGGAUUUUGGAGUAUCACCAGUGUCUUUAAACAAAGACUGACUGACAACCGAGAAGGAAGACUCUAUAUUGGAGAAGAAGCUGCGAUAUUUCGUUUAUUUGUUCCCGGGUUGUAUAGUUCUAACCUUGAAACGAUAUCGUUUCAAUUACAUGGUCAUCCUCAAGUUUUCUUACGAUAUCGAGCUGAUGGCGGGGUGUACCUGGACAGGAGUAAUGGAAGUCUGGAGUUUAGUAAGUGCAAAAAUUGUAGCUAAGUUGACUGUCUGUCUUGCCUCAUGGCCUGCGUGCUAGUGUUACUGUGGCUACGUAAAUGACCUUUGCACUAUAUGAUCUUUCGCCCAAACAACUAACCAACCAGAUUGGUGCUGGUAUUGGUGCAAUAAGACGAGUAUUGUUGACGACACUGAAAAUGCUAUACAAUGCCGUCGUGCCACCUAAAAGAAUCUUAUCGACUAAAUAUUGAAACAGGUGGCACAUACAACCAAAGAAAUACAGAAACUGAUUUAUCUCUUCCUAAGCUGAAGAAAGAAUUUGGAAAAAGGUGCUUCCUGUAAAACGAUUUUGAAACAAAACGAUGAGUUGAAGCCGACUCGUUUAUUUUUUUGUCUUGUUGUAUCAUGUUGUACUGUAAAUUGUCACUCAUUCACACGCUUUUCAUGGAAACCAGAUAACAGCUGAUUAGGCUAGCGUAUUAAAAUAAAGUCUAUGUAUGUUAUGUAUACUAACGAGCUAAUUGACUAACAACUAUAACUAAUUGACUGACUGACUGACUAUCUAGCUCGCUAACUAGGCGGCGACUUAAUCAGUGACGCUUUGCCAAAUAUUUGUCCCAAAAUUACAACAAAAAUUGCCUCGUUUAACUGACUGUAAGCAACUUAUUUACUGAACUAAUUCAUGCACUUACUAGCAUACUUGUUUAACAAACUGACUGACUUAUUGACUAUAACUAAAUAGUUAUAUAGCUAUAUGCUAAGUACAGAAAAACUAAUGUUAGGAUUCUCUCCACUUUAGACAUGUCUGCAUCAUUCAAAGUUUUGAAAUCAAACCAUUCGGAUUUCUUUUAUUUGAGAUCCACAGUCUCAUCUGGACUAAAUAUCUCGCUUAAUAAUUCGAGUGAAUUGUCUAUGUUACCGAGUGGAAGCGAAUUUCAACUUGUCUUUCCAGGUAAAUUGCAUUAGUUGCAUUGUUUGUUUGGCCAGCACAAGUUGCAUUUGGGAAAGGAUUUUGUAGUUAUCUGUAUAUUACCACAUAUUCAAAAUUUUAUCAGCAUAUUAUUGUGUUGAUUUAGACAACAUUGAAAGCUUUGAAGUCGACAUUGGCUUUACCCAACGUAGUUGGGCCGUUACCACGAGCCUUUUCAGUCUUGAUGGUCUUGGCCCAGAGAUUCUGUUCUCUAGUCCUCCAAAUGACACAACCACAGUGACUAAUAUUCUACCCUAUACCUUGAACACUUCUCCCAAUACGUUGUAUCGAAUCCAAGGGUACUGGCGUCCAUAUUUUAAUGGCUGGUACAAUUUCUCCGUGAACUGUGAUUUGCAAUACGAACUUAUUGUUGAACAAGACGAUCGCACAGUGAAGUUCUGUAAUGGCGCAGAAAUAUGGUAUGUUAUUGAUAUAGAAUCUAUAGCUGGAUAUAGACCCAUUGCACUGACGUCACAAAUUCUUAGAGUGUCCUCCAGAUGCUCCCUAACAAUAUCCGUGUUUGGGUACAAUAACCACAUACAGCGCAAAAAUUAACCAUUUUAAUACAAACUUAUUAUAAAGUUUUACAAAAUUUGCUUUGUUUACAAAAGUUAUAUUAUGCAUAGAUUGCUCAUUUGUCCUCCAGAUGCAUCGUCACCUGCGCUGUGACGUCAUGUGCAAUGGGCCUAUAUACGGACUCAUGUGAAAGAGUCUGUGAGCGAUCUUCCGAAAGUCGAUUCGGUUUUCUCCCACAGGGAAAGUUGACAGAGUGGGGUUAGGAUAAACAGAGAUAGACAUAGUCAUGAUAGUAAUAGCACAAUACACCCUUUCGAUAAUUACGUCAUUUGGCCUGGGAGCCUCGCUCUUAUGAAUCGUGAGCCAAUCACCUUGCGUAAUUUACUAAUGAGAUCGAGGCUCCAAGACCAAGUAUGUGUGACGUAAUUAUCGAAAGGGUGUAUUGUUGUCAAAAUAGAUAGUCUAGGCUAAGUAGAUAAUAUAAGCGUAAUACUUGAUGUAACCGGUCACUGAAAAGCGCCGAUGGGGAGUUAUAAUAUGUUGAAUAAUAUAUGUAUACUCAAAGGUCCAGUAAGGGUAAUCUAUUAUUGCUCAAGUGUUACUACAGGAGGAAACCUCACACUUUAUUUAUGUUGAAUAUUCUAAACUGUUCUCCCCAUCCUUUAUUGGUUCGUGUUGCUACAGGAGGAUACCUAAACCAAACAUGUCCUAUUCAUACUGGAUAGCUCUAUCAGUUCUUAACUGCUUCCCCUAAAUUGCAAGUAACGAUUAAAAGAGAGCUGGAAGACAUAGACAAAACCUGUGAGCACUCUUCUUGCAUACCAAUGAAACCAAAUUAUGACGAUAGAGGCGAAAGAUACAUACAAUAACCAAUGUGCCACUAAUGCAGUCGCAGCAGAAAGCUGGACUACCCUAAUGAGUCAAUCUCCCGAUGAGGGGCCUUCGCUCGAAACGUCGAGGUUUUCCUUGUAUUUUUCAGGUAGUUGAAUCCCUACCAAUCCGCAAUUUUCUGGGGUUAUUGUCACUUCCUACGCUGGCAGAAACUGUUCACGUUUAUAAUACAGUCGCAUUCACUGGAACAAUAGUACUAUCAUAUUAACUUCUCGAUUUGUUUUGUAGCGAGCCAGUGUUUCUUGAUGGUGGACCACGAUACGCAUAUUACUAUGUGGAAAUACAAGUUUACUCUGGAAACACAAGUGGAGUUUUUAACAUUGACGUAUUCGAUGAAACCCUGCAACAAUUAAAGUUUGCUGAGUUCAAGAAAAUUGAUCGCGAUAAAGGUACAGCAAAGAUUCUUGUUGUAUUGUUGUUUUGAAGUUACGAAUUGGAUAAAAACUGGCUUUCAUGUCAGGGAGAGAGGGGGCGAGGGUAGGGGUGCUUACCGUCGUAUCAAGACAAUAUACUGUGCAGAUUUUCUUGAAGGAGCAAGGACUCAUCAGGACACUUACGUGUAAGGAGUCGGUCAACGCUCUGCAGAAAGUCGUUGAUUUUCUGCAGUAGCGUUAGCUAGCCAUGGCAACUGAUCAUGCUAGUUAAUAAACCUGCACCUAAAUAGGUUGAAGACUUAGAUAUCUUAUAUACACUAGAUAGCGCAUCUCUUUUAGGAAAAUUGAAGCCAAGAAUAUUCCAGCGGUUACACCCAUUUGAAUAGAUGGCGGCCAUGUUGGAGUUCCCACUCGCUAAUAAACGCUUAAAAAACAACAAUAACUUUCAUCAUUUGAAUAGUUUGAAAAUGUUUUUGGAAUAGGUUUAACUUAAUGUUUAAGUUCCCUGUUUAAGAAAUAGAAAACAUACGAGUCUUCUCAUUUCAUGGGAAUAUCUUGAGUCUGCAAUCACGGCUUCAAUUUUUGUAUUGCAGAAUAAUUAGAUGCACUAUCUAGUGUAUAUAAGAUAUCUAUGGUUUAAUCCAACACAUUUCUAAAAAUUUGAAUAAUGCAAGUCAUUAACAAUUUUCAUAGCAUGACCUGUUGCUAUGGCUAGCUUCGCCACUGGUUUUCUCUGAUCCAUUGACGCCACCGUAGCUGUGCUUUGUGACCAGACAUCAAUCAUAAGGUGGCUGCCAGAGCCGCCCUUGGAUAGCCUUAACUCCAUCAGGUUGAGCUGCGUUCUUCACAAUGGACAACUUGCAUGUUAGACUAAAUUUUAAUCUAAGUAAAGAGAAGGGAAUAAAACACAACAGUCAAAAAGAAAAUAAUGAAAUUAGUAAAAUUUCAAAAUUUGGUUGCGAAAUGUUGUAAAAUACAGAAAAUAUAGCCUUGCGAAGUUUGCAUAUUUUCAGUAUAUUUGUAUUACGUGCGGAAAUUGUUACCAUUUUCAGCUCAAAAAUGGUAACAAUUUCCGCACGUAAUACAAACAUACUGAAAAUAUGCAAACUUCGCAAGGCUAUCGUUUCUGUAUUUUACAACAUUUCGUAACCAAAUUUUGCAAUUUUACUGAUUUUAAUAAGUUCUUUACGCAAUUUACUUUUUUUGCCUAAAUCAAAAAUUAGUCUAUUAAACAUGCAAGUUGUCUAUUCAGCUUUGGUCUCAGCUGCAAUUAAGGAUGACUAACACACUCUUAUUUACUCUUUUUUCUCAUGAAUUAUUAAUGAGAAAAAAAGCAACAAACUUCUCCCUUUUACCACCAAACUGAGAAACUUUCUUUCAAGAUCUUUCAUUCGGCCAUAUUAACUGUUUAUUCCUCUAUUUUAUCAUAGCGACACAUCAUUGGAAAUUCGAUAACCAAUGCAACACGUCGUGCUGGGAUGAACUGAAGUUGUCCUCGUUGGAUAUGCAUUCAAAAGAUAAAUUGAUAGCGAGGCGUCUUAUUUUAUAUCCUGAAAAUUUCAUGCCCGAGAGUGAAGCUGGUUUCUCUGUUGGUUUCUGGUUUAGCAAACGUAAACCUGAAAAAAGAGGCGAGUAUUGUCUUUAAUAUAUUCAUCAGUGUUUUUCUAUGUAGUAUGCAGUAAAGUACUCCAUUUUUACAUAUUUUCCGCAGCCUGCUAAUGGCAAAUGGCUGGCGAAAUAUGAAAUGUUAAAAUAUUAUUCACAUUUGGGAAACAAGGCUAGGAAACAAUGUUUCCUGGUUUGUUCACGUUUGGGAAACAUGGUUAGGUAACAAUGCUUCCUGGUCUGUCCACCUUUAGGAAACAUGGCUGGGGAACAAUGUUUCCUGGAUUGUCCACCUUCGAAAAAAUGGCUAGGAAACAAUGUUUCCUGGUUUGCCAACCUUUGACAAACAUGGCUAGGAAACAAUGUUUCUUGGUUUGUCCACCUUCGAGAAACAUGGUUAGGAAACAAUGUUUCCUGGUUUGUCCACCUUUGGGAAACAUGGCUAGGAAACAAUGUUUCUUGGUUGGCUCAUCUUUGGAAAACACAUCUACAAAACGCCUAGUUUUUUCAAAAGAUUUAUUUGUACUCAAGAUUUUACGAUUACCCAUACUAAAAAGUCUUAUUCUUUUUUUCUUCAGUAAUAUUAUCAUAUGGCACAGAUUUUGGCAUUUGGCUUCAGAACUCGACAACUAAUAUAACAACGAAUCUUACAAAUCUUGGUUUUCGUGUGGGAGACAAACUUUACAAUCUUUCAACGUUGGAGCAAGUUUUCCACGUCGUGUUUACACUGUCGGGCACGAAUGUACCAGGUUGUUAUAUAAAUGGAAAACACGUGAACUGUGCAAGCAAUCCUGUAACAGACUUUCCCCCAAGAGAGAGAAAGUUAUUUGUCACAAAUCCUGUCACUCAAUAUUUUAGCAUCGCUGAAUUGUUUUUGUGGUCAAGUGAAAUGACGCCUGAGCAAGUUCUAGACAUAUAUCAAGGUACUUUAUUCAUGUUUUGGUUAUUUUGUUACAUGUCUCUAUUGUUUUCUCAUGUCUUUAUUGUUUUAUUUCUAUAUAUUUAGUUCGAACAGGCCUACACACGUAAAACGCACAAGUUGUAGCAAACCCGAGUCAGACUUGUAGCAAUGCUGUUCCAACAACUUGUUGACAACUUGCUGGGAGGUUGUUGAGCUCAACAGACUUGUUCCAAGUUGUUCCUUUCUAUCCUUUCUUUCUUAUACUUCCCUUCCCUACUUUAAUUCACGUUGAAAUUGUUCUUUCAUUUUCACAACAGUCCCUUGUAAAGUCUACCAAUCGAGUUGUCGCUGGAAAAAUAUCCACAGCUAUCCUGACCAAUGGCUGCUUCAGAGUGGACCAACUCCUUCGUAUCCAUUUACUGGUCCUCGAACUAGUCUGGGUAAGUCUUGUCAUGAAAACAGGGUAUUGGCUUUUAAGUGUAUGAAUGGAAUUGUACCAGAAUAUUUGAGUUCGCAAUUUACUGCAAUAGGAGCAGUAAGCGGAAGAAUAACCAUGUGAAAAGUCCCUAAUUAAUUAUUCGAUGUUUGAAAAUGCGUUUUUAACAGUUUAUAAUUCGAAAACUAUUUCAGAAAUCAAAAAAUUGUCUAAACGUCUUAUAUGCAGUUUUUAUAAGCUUUCUGAUGAUGCAAGUCAUAUUUGUUGUAAUUGAAUACGAAAUUUCACAUUUUUUGGCUGUAAUAGAAUUCAAUAGAAGAAAAUCACUAAUCACCCGUUUUCAGGACUUAGCAGCAAAAUAGCGAUGGCCCCACUUCAAAUAUCUGUUAAGCAAAUAAAACUAUAUCAAUUGUAAAAGUUUGAUGCUUUUAACCUCAACGGGAACUACUGAUCAAUAAUUUUACACAUAUCCCCCUCACUAGGGGGACCAUAUUCAUAUGUUCGUGUUCUGCAUUAUUAAUUUCUUUUGAAAUCGAUUGUUUUUACGGUCUGUGAACACGAAUAUAUGAAUAUACUUACACUUAUCGAUCUUUCGACGCCUAUGCUCCAAUUCGGACUAUCACUAAAAUUAUCUGUGGUUUUUUUCCACAGAUUAUUAUUACUACAUAGAUGGUUCAUUAAUGGAUUAUAACUCCUCUGCAAUUCUACACUCUCCAAAGUUCUUGUCAGUGUACGAGUGUUUGAGAUUCCAGUACUACAUGUACGGAAUGGCAAUUGGUAAGCUGUCAGUAUAUGCUGAAUACGAGAGUCACACUGAUGCUUUGUGGUCCUUACAUGGAGCUCAACAAACAAGGGAUUCAAAGUGGAAGACGGCAUCAGUUAGCAUUCCUUCUCUUGAUAAACGUGCUUGGAGAACGGUAUGGUAUUAUAUAUGUGUGGUUAGUUUUUAAUUACUGUACAAAUUUUCAGACAAUUUGGUUUAGUUUAAGCCCCUUAACUAUUGACGCAAAAUUACAUUUUUCCUAAAAAUCAGCUAUUUGCAUGCUUAAUUAAUGCAUUUGCCUAAUUUGCAUAUGUCAGCAAUAUGCAAAUUAGGUAAAGGCAUUAAUAAGGCUGACUUUUUAGAACAAAAUGAAUAGUUAAAGGGCUUAAACUAAACCAAAUUGUCUGAAAUUUUGUACAGUAAUUAAAAACCCGACAAAGUUUCCAUCCAUUAACUCAAAAUAUGAUUACAGCUUUUAAAUUUUGUGCGCGAGCCAUUUUUAGUUUGUUGGAAAAGACACACCCCCUGGUUCACAAAAUUUGAGUUCGAGAAAUUUUUUUCAUUAUUUUACAUUAUAAGUACCCAUUAUAAGUAGAUUGAAUGCAUGUGAUUGGUUAAUCGGGUAGAUUGAAAUUGAAUGCAUGUGAUUGGUUAAUCGGGUAGAUUGAAUGCAUCUGAUUGGUUAAUCGGGUAGAUUGGAUGCAUCUGAUUGGUUAAUCGGGUAGAUUGGAUGCAUCUGAUUGGUUAAUCGGGUAGAUUGAAUGCAUCUGAUUGGUUAAUGGUAGCGGAAGUGGAAGUCAAAAUCUAAACCUCCCUAUAGAUUAUAUACCGAAUGUCCAAAGAGGUGGGCAAUGCAUCCCUCCUGUUUUCUCCCCUCUCCCCUAGUUUUGAUUACCUCCAGUAUAGUAGGACUUUAUUGAUAAGUGGUUUAGUUUAGGUUACUUUAGUUUAAUUUAAUUUAAAGUGAUUGUGACGUUAGGCUUGAACUAAUGUCACACACACGAAACCGAGGCUCUAUAGCCAAAGUGACCUACUUUCCACAAGGGUGUAUACAGCGCCAUUGUGAAUUGGAUCUAUGUCUGGCGUACGUAUUAUAUGCGAAGUGCAUAUUUUUGAUAUUGCCUUUUCUGUAGAUUGCAUUCCGUGCCGUUCGCGGUGAGAAUUUUCGCAGUGAUAUUGCAAUAGAUAACAUAAAAUUACAAGUGGAAGGAUGUGAGACAACGCCACAAAGAGCUGUUCCUGGAGUAUUGAACAAUGGUGAGUGAGAAAUGGCUAAAGUAACUGGAAUUUAGUGUAAUUAUAGUAUACUGACAGCUAUUUCAAAAUUAAUGAAUUUGCAUAGCGAUUCCCAGCAGCCUUUCGCGCUCGCAUUCGACUUUUCCGCUUUGCUCGGGGACAACCUUAAUUGAAAUAGCUAUAUAUGAUGAUAGUAGUGGUAGAAUGUAAGACAGUUGAAUAGUUAGUUAAUUAGUUAAAUGGUUAGCUAGGUAGCUAAGUUAACUAAUUUGUUCGUUUAUUAGAUAGCUAGUUUGUUAGUUACUUUGUUACUGACUUUGUUAAAUAAAGUUCGUCAGUUAGUUUUAGAUGAAUGAGUUUACUUUUUUGUUAGCAAGUUGUUUUUUUUGUUGUUGUUUUUUGUUGUUUUUUUGUGUGUUUUUUUUUUAGUUUUACAAUAAUAAAUUGAAGGCACAGACAACAGGACUAAUAAAGUCCCAAAUUAAGUCCUGCCAUAAAGUUAAUUACCUAGUUAGCCAGUUAAUUAGUUAAUUAGUUAGAUAAUUAGAUGUAGUUACAGUGUUAGUUACUAAUUAGGUGUUAGUUACUAAUUAGUUAGUUACUAAUUAGUUACUAAUUAGUUAGUUAGUUACAGUAAGUUAGAAAUGAAAUUCACUUUUAUACUAUUGUUCUUUCAGUAAACUCGUGUCCAUCUUCAUGCCCAAAUGGUUACCCCUGUAUAAAAUCUAUUAAAGGGACUGACACAUGUGUAUGUGACACCAGACAGGCGAACUUUCUUAACCAGUCGUGUAUGGAUGGUACGUUGUAAAUUUCUUUUGUAUUUAACAAUUUGCUGUACAACAAUUUGCUGUUUUUUGUAUUUAACAAUUUGCUGUUUAACAAUGUCCAAUUUGCUGUUCUCUGUUGUAAGUGUGUGGAAAACAUUACAUGGGAACUUCAAAACAAUGAAUUUUAGACAAUUGAAGAUUUCGAUCAAUGGGUCGUAACUGGAUGGACCCAUUCAUACAAAACGAUGUUUGUUAGGCGAUCAUAUAUUAAACUUUUCCAUGCGUAUAUUGGUGGUUUGCAAUCAAUCCUUUGAAAUUUAUAAGACAAAGAUACAGUGGCCAUGUUUGGAGGAAAACUCGCUCCAAAUACAAUAGCUGCGAAAACGCACACGUAGCAUAAAGAACGCAUGACUGUGAAGCAGCCAUACGUAUAGAGUAAUGAGGGACUGUUUAUAUGGAAGCCGUGCUGGCCUGCUUAACUUAAAAAUUAGCUCGCGGCGGCAUCUUUGAACUUCCAUCCCGGCAACCUGGAUAGUGAGUGUUUAUAUGGAGAAAUGUUCAUCGCGGUAAGCGAAAUCUCGCCUCGCGGUAAGCGAGAUAUCGGCUCGUUUCUCCAUAUAAACGCACGGUAAUUUUUACUAUAAAAAUAACUACACACCGAGAUCCCGCUUACCGGGCUUUCUCACUAUAGCGGACCAGCCCGCGGCUUCCAUAUAAACAGCCCUUAAGAGGCAACAUUGUUACACUACUAACUCUUGACGAAGGACCUUCGCUCGAAACGUCGAGUUUCUGCUUGUUUGUUUCAGGUAGUAAUAUAACCACUCAGCACAGCAAUUUCACAUUGGUACUAGUACUACCUACACUGGUACAGACAGUUUUAACAUUGUUACAUCAUGCAAACCAUUCAAUGCUACUGCUGUACUCAAAUCUUAUAAUAAUGUUGUUUUUAGACAUCAACUCCCUCUACCUUGGUGCAUUGCACUACUGGUCAAUGGACACUAGCAUAACAGAUACCUUUGGAAAACCCAUGAAUGCCUCAUUUGUCACUGGAGUGGCAAACAAAGCCAUGACGGAAUUUGGAUGGAGAACAUUAACAACGUUCUCGGCAUCAUUGAACGAGUUUUCGGUAUCAUUGUGGGUAAAAAUCAAUGAAGAAGGCUUUUUAUUCCGAAUGCCACGUUUAAAUGUCAGCUACGAGACCAACUCUGGUCUAGAAUUAUAUAUAACACCAUAUGAUAAACCCUGUAGCCAUUUGCUGCAGUACAAAUGGCCGAUGAAUAUAUUUCUUCAUAUCGCUAUUGUCAGCCAAGAUACUAAACCUUACUUGAAGUUGUAUAAGAAUGGUAAUUUACAGACGCCGUACAACUUUACAGAGAGCAAGUGCCCUGGUGAAGUGGGGAAUUUUGUUGAUGUGUUCUCAGGCAAGACUUAUGAUGACUUUGCUAUCUGGUCCAAACGGUUCUCUAUUUCGGACAUAUUGUGGAUAUUUGAAAGAUAUUGUAAGUCCAUUAGUUCCUGACUGACUUAUUUUUGUAUAAUAAAUAUUUAAUUUUGAAAAAGAAGUUUGCCCCAAGAACUACUGGUUACUCAUCUGCUUACUUCAAAUUAACAUACACAUAGAAAAAAACCCACAUACAACUCGAUCAGACAAUAAUACAGUCGGUAUAUAGAAGAAAAACACACAAGGAAGUACUGAAAGAUAAACUGCGAAUAGAUUCAGAUCUCCUGAGUAUGGAAACGUUUAGUUUCUUUUAUAAAAUUUUGGACUUGGUAAAAGAUUGGAAAAUUUUCAUCCUCAGAAAGUAGUGAGGAUCCAAACAAAGAAGCUUUAUUAUUUGUGAAUCAGAUAAUGCAAGCUAUCAUAUCAAUGCUGCUCGCAUUGAUGGCUUAAGUGCAUAUUAUCUGAUUCACAAAUAAUAAAGCUUUUUUUGUUUGAAUCCUCACUACUUUCUGAGGAUUUCUAUGAACAGCGAAAAUCGGACAAUGUAAAAAGUAAUGAUUACUAUACAGUAGUUUCGAUUUCAAAGCCACUAGUACAUCUUGGAGAUUACAACCGAUUUUAAAUAAAUAAUAAUCUAAAGCAAAAGCGUCCAAACGCAUUCGACCAUGAAUGAUAGACGAAUAUCUAUCAAGAGAAUAAUUAAACAGGGUUGGGGUUGGUUGAAGAUUAAAAAGGUGUAACAUCAAAGGAUCAAAGCCAUAUUUGCAUUAUUGUAAAGGGCUGUUAGUUAAAGUAAAGUGAAAAGGUGCUAAUCCUUUCUUGCAGAUGAGGACUGAUUUGCGUAGGACGUGGAUCAAGUUAAUUGAAGGAUUACUAGGAUGCUUAGUGUAUGCAUCUGCGGCUAAUUAAAGGGAGCGGGAGGGGGGGGGGGGACUAAAAAAGGCUGAGGGCUAAAUAAUUUAAUUUAAUCUAAUGAAUCCAAAUUACCGCCAGCAAUUGCUGAGUGAAAUACGUGUAUUUUUUUCUAGCGAAAUAUAAAACACCAGAUGGAAAAUACGAACAACAACCUGUGAUUUUCAGUAUUGAUGGCUGGUGGACAGACAAUGUUAAGGUUAAAAAUUCCACAGAUAAAGACGGACUGGUACAUGAAGAAAUACAGCACAAAAUUUAUAGUGAGGUAUAA